ACCGAGCUAAUAAUAUCUGCCUCUACUAAGCUAAUAAUAUCCGCCUCUACCGAGCUAACAAUACCCGCCUCUACCGAGCUAAUAAUACCCGCCUCUACCGAGCUAAUAAUACCCGCCUCUACCGAGCUAACAAUACCCGCCUCUACCGAGCUAAUAAUACCCGCCUCUACCGAGCUAACAAUUCCUACCUCUACCGAGCUAACAAUACCCGCCUCUACCGAGUAG